UCAGUAUCUUUCAUCAGCUUGUUAAAAUAAAUAAAGUUUUGAUCUCGUAAUUAAAAAGAAUGGGAAGAAGUGAGAACAUUAUAAUCGGGCAAGACGGAUCAGUAAAUACUUUACGUCACUUCGCCUAGAGCAGUUAUUCACUCGUUUUUGUAAUAAGAAUUAAAAAUUAUACAUUAUUUUCAUGUUAUAUUCAAUGCUAUUUCACAAGCCCUAGGUUUUACUAAAUUAGCAAUCCGAACAUUUCAUGGGUUGCAAGCCACUUAUUGUUUAACAAAUCGAAUUUACUUUCUUGCUGAAUAUAUCGAGCAAGUGACGAAAUAUCAAAACAUUCCGUCUAAGGUAAAUGUAUCCUUUUCUCUGUUUACAUGACACAGUCUACUAAUGUCUUAUCAGACAUUAAAGAAUUCUCCUUUGCGUAUGCGUUAAAAUGCAACACUUUAAAUAACAGUAAUCAUUAUUUCAUUCUCCCUCGUUUCUAUUAAACAUUUUUUGCAGUUUCGUAUAUUUCAACAAAUAAAUUAAUAACAAUAAUAAAAACAAAAAAAAAAAAAAAAGGAAGAAAACAUUAGUUAAAGAGCAAAUGCAUAAAAUAGUUUAAACUUUAAAGUUCAUAGUUACAUAUAAAACGAAACUUCGCUAAAAAGAAAAGCGUGACGAUUACAAAAAUUCCUUUUUAAAGUCUUCUUAAGCUCCUAAAAAUAUGUAACAUAUUAAUAAAAAAAAAAAAAAAAACGCAAAUUUAUAAUAGAAAUCAAGUUAAGAAUAAUUAUUAUUGGUACAUUUAAAAUAUUUUAUGCAACAACUAUUAUGACUUGAUCCAUUUGAAUGAGUGAACAAUUGCGAACACGUCGCUUAGGAGCAGCCCGUAGUAAAACACUUUCGGCCACAAAUUUAGCUCCUAUUAGUAGUAGCGGUAGUCAUAGUUCCAUAAGUCCUGGCAUAAGUCACAGUGCGAGUAGUCAUUUUUUGUACCAACAUUUCCGUAGUCAACAGCAUCAGUCGGUACAAGCACAACAUUUCAUUUUUAGUCGGAUCGAUAGUCCUAAGGGUCAGCUGUGCACUUUAACACAUAACGGUGCUUCUACUGGUUAUGGAGCCGAUGGUGUUAGUAAUAUUAAUAGCCCAACUGUUUUAAAUUCUGGAAGCGGCAGCGGUAGCGGAAGCAGUGGUGGUCAACGUGUUUCAAAUAAUAUGGGACCAAUGUUAGGCACUUCAGCCACAGUAGCAAUCAGCAGCAAUUAUAAUGCUCACAAUAAUCCUCCGAAUCCAGUAACUGGAAUAGGUGUGGCGGGCAGCGGCGCCGGCAGUAGCGGUAUUACCGGCCUCGGUGGCCAUAAUAACGGUGCCAAUCUAAAUCCAAUGCAGUUAAGUGGUGCUUUAUCAGGUGGCACCGGAGGUUUAAGCGGUGUUGGUGUGGGUAUUUGUGGCGGUAUUAGCAGCACUAUGGGACCUAGUAGUGCUGCUAUUACCGGGCUUGGUCUUGCAACGGGCAUUGGUAAUAAAAUGCUAGGUCGCAAGCAAAGUCUUAAAGGCGGUGAACCAUAUUUGGCCGACUACGGACCAGAAGAGUCGCUUAACGAAAGUGCAGAUAUUGAAUGGGUGAAUAAGCUGUGGGUAAGGCGACUAAUGCGUCUGUGCGCAUUGGUAGCUUUGGCCUCAGUCUCAUUAAAUACGCCGAAAACUUUCGAGCGACAUCCACCCCUACAAUAUAUUACAUUCAUAUCGGAUAUUGCAGUGACACUACUAUUCACCGCUGAAAUGGUAGCAAAAAUGCAUAUACGUGGGGUAUUGAGGGGUGAUGCGCCAUAUUUAAAGGAUCAUUGGUGUCAAUUUGAUUUUUCCAUGGUAUUCUUUCUGUGGAUAUCAAUUAUUUUACAAAUACUUGAAAUACUCGAGAUUGUGCCAAAAUUUUCUCCGCAAUCGAUAAUGCGAGCCCCUCGACCUUUAAUAAUGAUACGAUUUCUUAGGGUUUUCCUGAAAUUCUCUAUGCCUAAAAGCCGGAUCAAUCAAAUAUUCAAACGCUCGAGUCAACAGAUCUACAAUGUGACACUAUUCUUCUUAUUUUUUAUGUCCCUUUAUGGUCUAAUGGGCGUGCAAUUUUUUGGAGAAUUGAAGAAUCAUUGCGUCAUGAAUAAUAGCGAUAACGAUGAAUAUGGCAGACCGAUACUAACUAUAAAUUCAUUGGCCAUACCGGAUACGUUUUGUUCAAUGGAUCCGGAUUCGGGUUAUCAAUGUUCGCCGGGUAUGAAAUGCAUAAAGUUGGACUUUUUGACAAGCUAUGUGAUCGGUUUCAAUGGUUUUGAGGAUAUAGCCACGAGUAUAUUUACCGUUUAUCAGGCUGCUUCACAAGAAGGCUGGGUAUUUAUAAUGUAUCGAGCAAUAGACUCUCUGCCAGCUUGGCGAGCGGCAUUUUACUUUAGUACUAUGAUAUUCUUUUUAGCUUGGUUGGUGAAAAAUGUUUUCAUUGCUGUUAUUACGGAAACGUUUAAUGAAAUCCGGGUACAAUUUCAGCAAAUGUGGGGUGCUCGUGGGCACAUACAGAAAACGGCUGCUUCACAAAUUCUAAGCGGCAAUGAUCAGGGCUGGCGUCUCGUUACCAUCGACGAUAGUAAACAUGGCGGCUUGGCACCGGAAACUUGCCACGCCAUCCUGCGUUCACCGUACUUUCGAAUGUUGGUUAUGACCACAAUACUUGCUAAUGGUAUUGUAACGGCGACCAUGACAUUUAAGCACGAUGGUAGACCACGGCAUGUUUUCUAUGAAAAGUAUUAUUACAUUGAGGCUGUGUUCACUUUCCUUCUGGAUUUGGAGACUAUAUUCAAAAUGUAUUGCUUGGGUUGGCGCGGCUACUAUAAACAUUCGAUACAUAAAUUUGAGUUGCUUUUAGCUGUGGGCACGACUAUACAUAUAGUUCCGAGCUUUUAUUUAUCCGGUUUUACCUACUUUCAGGUUUUACGUGUAGUGCGUUUAAUUAAAGCCUCACCUAUGCUAGAAGGUUUUGUUUAUAAAAUCUUUGGCCCUGGCAAAAAGUUGGGGUCUCUGAUUACUUUUACUGUUUGCUUAUUAAUUAUAAGUUCUAGUAUUUCAAUGCAACUUUUUUGUUUUCUAUGUGACUUUACAAAAUUCGAAUCCUUUCCGGAAGCGUUCAUGUCCAUGUUUCAAAUUCUUACACAAGAAGCCUGGGUUGAGGUUAUGGAUGAGACUAUGAUACGUACCAGUAAAACGCUAACACCCCUAGUCGCCAUAUAUUUCAUACUUUAUCAUUUGUUUGUCACUCUCAUUGUUCUAAGUUUAUUUGUGGCAGUUAUUUUGGAUAACUUGGAAUUGGAUGAGGAUAUAAAAAAGCUGAAACAGCUAAAGUUUCGUGAGCAAAGCGCCGAAAUUAAAGAAACUUUACCAUUUCGGUUACGCAUAUUUGAAAAGUUUCCUCAAUCACCGCAAAUGACAAUUCUUCAUCGUAUUCCCAACGAUUUUACAUUGCCCAAGGUGCGUGAAUCAUUUAUGAAACAAUUUGUUAUGGAAUUGGAAAUCGAUGAUCCCUCAAUGGAAAGCUGCAAGCGACCGAUGUCAGAAUGUUGGGAAUCUAAUGAAGUUUUCCGUAAACAAAAGCCCGUAAGAAUUAUGAAUAAAACCGCUAAAGUGAGAUCAGCGGGGAGCAGACUUAGAAAAUUGGCCAUAACGCAUAUAAUCAAUGACUCGAACAAUCAACGUUUAAUGCUAGGCGAUUCAGCCAUGUUGCCGGUGGUAGGUGCAAAACAAGGUCUUAAAUCUCAAGGCACUAUUACGCAUUCUAAGCCGUGGCGUGUUGAUCAAAAGAAAUUCGGUUCACGUUCGAUACGACGUAGCGUGCGUUCAGGUUCAAUUAAAAUUAAGCAAACAUAUGAGACGAUAAUGGAAAAUGGUGAUAUAGCUUCUGCGCCACGAGCGAAUUCAGGCCGUGCUAGACCUCAUGAUUUAGACAUUAAACUAUUGCAGGCGAAGCGUCAGCAAGCGGAAAUGAGACGUAAUCAAAGGGAGGAGGAUUUGAGAGAAAAUCAUCCUUUCUUCGAUACGCCCUUAUUUUUGGUACCUAGGGAGAGCCGUUUUCGCAAAAUAUGUCAAAAAAUUGUUCAUGGCCGUUAUGAUGCUCGCCUUAAGGAUCCUUUAACGGGCAAAGAAAGAAAAGUUCAGUACAAGAGUUUGCAUAAUUUUCUAGGUUUAGUUACAUAUCUCGAUUGGGUUAUGAUUUUUGUGACAACCUUGUCUUGUAUAUCUAUGAUGUUUGAAACGCCCAACGAUCGUGUUAUGGAUCAUCCCACUUUGCAGAUAGCCGAAUACGCUUUUGUAAUAUUUAUGAGCUUGGAGCUGGCUUUGAAAAUUUUAGCUGAUGGCCUGUUUUUCACUCCAAAAGCUUAUGUAAAAGAUGUGGCCGCUGUUUUGGAUAUAUUCAUAUAUCUUGUAUCCACUUCGUUUCUUUGCUGGAUGCCUAAGCAGAUACCUACAAAUUCGGGAGCUCAAUUGUUAAUGGUUUUGCGUUGCAUACGACCAUUAAGGAUUUUUACUUUGGUGCCGCAUAUGCGUAAAGUGGUCUAUGAGCUAUGUCGAGGUUUUAAAGAGAUACUCCUUGUAUCCACUCUGCUUAUAUUGCUAAUGUUUAUAUUUGCUAGUUAUGGUGUACAGUUAUACGGUGGGCGAUUGGCUCGCUGUAAUGACCCAACUAUAGUAAAACGAGACGACUGCGUAGGUGUAUUUAUGCGUCGAGUAUUUGUUACCAAAAUGAAAUUAACUCCGGGCGCUGAUGAAUCAUAUCCAGCUAUGUUAGUGCCUCGAGUAUGGGCUAAUCCACGACGUUUUAACUUCGAUAAUAUCGGUGAUGCUAUGCUUACGUUAUUCGAGGUAUUGUCCUUCAAAGGGUGGCUAGAUGUACGCGAUGUUUUAAUAAAAGCUGUCGGACCAAUUCAUGCAAUUUAUAUACACAUCUAUAUAUUUUUGGGUUGCAUGAUCGGUUUAACAUUGUUUGUCGGUGUCGUUAUUGCCAAUUAUUCAGAAAACAAAGGGACCGCUUUACUAACCGUAGAUCAGAGACGUUGGUGUGACCUUAAGAAACGAUUGAAAAUUGCUCAACCUUUGCAUUUGCCGCCAAGGCCAGAUGGCCGGAAAGUACGCGCUUUCGCCUAUGACGUUACACAGCAUAUCUAUUUUAAACGUUUCAUAGCUGCCAUCGUUUUAAUAAACAGUUCAUUAUUAUCAAUAACGUGGAUUAAGGGUGAAAGCUACACUGAGAUUUGUGUAUUGCUAAGUGUAACGUUAACGUUUGUGUUUGUCGUGGAAGUGGUCAUGAAGAUCAUUGCCUUUACACCACGCGGCUAUUGGCAAUCCCGUCGAAAUCGUUAUGAUUUAUUGGUCACUGUCUCAGGUGUAGUGUGGAUUUUCUUGCAAACUAUAUUACGCAACGAUUUGUCGUAUUUUUUUGGCUUCAUGGUGGUAAUAUUGCGCUUCUUCACCAUUACUGGAAAACAUACUACAUUGAAAAUGCUAAUGCUGACCGUAGGUGUAUCAGUGUGCAAAUCGUUUUUCAUUAUCUUUGGUAUGUUUUUGUUGGUAUUCUUUUAUGCGUUGGCCGGCACCAUUCUUUUCGGUACUGUCAAGUACGGUGAAGGUAUUGGUCGCCGUGCCAACUUUGGUUCCCCGGUUACGGGUGUAGCCAUGUUAUUUCGCAUCGUUACCGGUGAAGAUUGGAAUAAAAUAAUGCACGAUUGUAUGGUCCAACCGCCCUAUUGCACACCCGGCAACAAUUACUGGGAAACGGAUUGUGGAAACUUUACUGCGAGUCUAAUCUACUUUUGUACAUUUUAUGUCAUUAUCACGUAUAUUGUAUUGAAUUUGUUAGUCGCCAUUAUCAUGGAGAACUUUUCCCUAUUUUACUCGAAUGAGGAGGACGCCUUGCUUUCUUAUGCGGAUAUACGUAAUUUUCAAAACACCUGGAAUAUUGUGGAUAUACAUCAGCGCGGUGUCAUACCAGUUAGGAGAGUAAAAUUUAUCCUACGUCUAUUGAAAGGUCGCUUAGAAUGCGAUCCGCAAAAAGAUCGCUUGCUUUUCAAAUAUAUGUGCUACGAAUUGGAUAAAUUGCAUAACGGUGAAGAUGUUACAUUUCACGAUGUGAUCAAUAUGCUUUCUUAUCGUUCGGUGGAUAUACGUAAAGCUCUACAAUUGGAAGAGUUGUUGGCGCGCGAAGAGUUUGAGUAUCUGGUCGAAGAAGAAGUGGCCAAAAUGACUAUACGUAACUGGUUGGAAGGUUGCCUAAAAAAAAUCCGAGCUCAAAAUGCCUAUAAGCAGCAAAAUUCGUUAAUCGCCGGAUUGCGGGCGACAAAUGAACCACUUUUACGCGCUCAAGAAGAUAAAACACCAACAGUGCCCAGCGAUAAGUCAGCAAUAGCUACUAUAAGUGGUAGCGUUCCCACUACUUGUCCGCCCACAAGUGAUGCCUUUUCACCAACUUUCAGUUCGACGGAGAAUGAAGAGAAAGAUGGUAGUUUAAGUGCUACAAUGGCCGUGCUGAUUAGUACAACCGAUAUAACUACGGCGCCUACAGUAGUACCUCAACGUCCAGCGGCUCCGGCUGCCUUAACAGCUGCGAAGCGCAGUUACGCUUUAAAUCGGUCCGAUUCAACGGGUAGCACGACAGGACGAAAAUAUUUGGCACCCACCACAUCCGAUCCUCAACGUUCAACGCUAACCGAUAAAGAACGAUUGCAUAUUAGUAGCCAACAAAAAAAGAAAAAUUCGAUCACUGCUACUACGUUGCCAACGGUGGCAUCAUCGAAUGGGCCAUCACUUAAGCGUUUAGACGCAAAUAAGAAUAGUUUCUUUAUGCAAUUCAAUAGUGAAAUCGGUCAAUUUCAUUAUCCGGUAAUGGGAAAUAAUCAUUUCGAUGGUCACAUGACAAAUUUGGGCAGUCCUUCCGGACUGAUGCCUCAUAUAAUACCUGGAAGUAAAUUGUUGCCUUUCAAUAAUCAGGCGAACGCUGUUUACGAAGUUCAUGAUUGGUGGCAUGAACAAGUGCUCUGCACUCAAACAAGCGACGACGAAUUGUACUAACCAUCAUGAUAAUCCCUUAUGAUAAUCAUAUAUAAAAUAUAAUAUUUGUAGUGCCAAAAUGUAAAAUUGAAUUAUU